AUGAUCUUUGGCCUUCCUUGUUUGGAGUUCAGCCGGGCCAAUGAACUGCAACAUGUGGAGCUCUUUGCAGGGGAAUGCGCGGAGGGCAGAGGAGCUGUAGCGAUGGACCUGUCGUAUGGUGGUGAGGGCAUGGACUUAAGCACUCCAGCGGGCUUCAUUGCAGCCGUCUACCAAACCUGCCGACUAUCUCCUGGGUCGGGUUGGCUCGCAGCUCCGGUCUGUCAUGAAGCCAUCGAGGAAGUGGACAACUUUCGGCCUCGCUGGCUUCCGCCGCGUGAAACUGUGGAGAUGGCCGUCGUCUACGCAGACAAAAAGGGGCUCAAGAGAGUGAAAGGUGGCCGCCAUUUGAAGCAGUCGCAAGCAUACCCCAUAGGGUUUGGAAAGGCCAUGUCGGCUGUCAGAACGCGUUUAGAGAGCCGACUGCGAUCUGAAGCUCGGGCUGCUCUGAAAAAGAAAGAGAAGGGUGGAAAGACAACCAAGAAGGUGGAACAUGUGAAAAACAAGAAGACUGUUGCCAAGAAGAUUGAGGAGAAGAAGGAAGAGAGCAAGAAACCAGAACAGAAGAAGGACAAAAAGAAACCAGACAAGAAGAAUGAAGAGCGCAAGAAGGAAGAGCGCAAGAAGGAAGAGAGCAAGAAGGAAGAGAGCAAGAAGGAAGAGAAGAAGGACAUCAAAAAGAAGGAAGACAUGAACACCGUCGACACGAAGAAGGAUGGGAAGAAGAACAAGGAGGACAAGAAGAAGGAUGGCAAGACUGACAAGAAUGAUGAUGAGCCUAAGGGCAAGAAGAGUCAGGAGAAGAAGAAUCAAAAGGAAAAGAAGCGGUCGUGUUCAAUGGAACCUGAAGACAAAUCUACUCAGCCGAAGCGGAGGUCUGUGUUGAAGACUCCAAAUUCUUCAGCUGGGCCGACUCCGCCCGAGAAGAGAGUGCACUUCAAGUCAAACCCUACGAUCGCCCAAGCAACACCGCCUAUCACUCCUCGUUGCACACCAGAACCAUCGCCUGCAGGCUCUGCGGCCCGCAGCCUGGAAAGCUGGCGGCAGGAAGCAGCUGAGAGGGGCGUGAGCCUUGAGGAGCUGAUGGAGGACAUGAGCGCUCAGGUUCUGGAAUCUUCCCUCGAAAGUCACACGCAUCAGCUGGUGGCUGAGGCUCCUGCAAGCGAUGAAGAAGAAGACGAGGAAGAACAAGAUGAAGCGAAUGAUCAGGAGGAUAGUGGUAGUGAAGGAGAGAGCAGCAAAGAUGACUCUGACUCGUCUUCAACCUGUGAUGAUGAGGAAGCGAAUGGAGAAAAGGAUGAGGAGGAGGAUGAUGAGAAGUGCACAACAACAGAAGAUGAAGGAACAGAAUUUGGAGAUGACGAAGAAGAGGAGGAAGAAGAAGAUGAAGACAACGAACGAGUCGAAAAGGAUUUGACCAAACUCUUUGACCGGGAGGCGGAUGGUGGCAAGAAGCAGGAGAGAAACCAGGCAAAGAUUUCUAGCAGUGUUGCUGAGGCCAACCAGAAGACUCAGGAACAGUUUGCCACUGCAAACAGCAAGACUCACAAGGCUGAAUAUGUAUGGGAGAAUGUGGUGGUGGAAUUUGAGCGGCGGGCAGAGAGGAGGUCCACAUCUUGCAAACAGAGAUCAGGGAUGAAGGCGAGGGAUAUUUACAAGAAGUACCCAAAGGAGAAGGCUGAAGCCCUCAUUAAGAGAUUGAGGGACAAAGGAAUGUGGUACUAUGACGAAGACUUUGAAGGGGACGAGGAGGAGAUCUACUACUAUUGCAAUGAGGGGAACAUCAUCAAGGAUGAGAACAUCGUCAGUGACACCACUACUGUUCGGGGAACCGAAAAAGGCAACAAGGAGGUGGUUGAAGCCUUGACCGGUGCUGAUGGGUUGUUAGCUGCGGGUGCAUGCGCAGCUCCAACCACUGCCAAUCCAAAGAAGCCAAAGAAGAAAGACGAGGCAGAAAAGUUGGAGCCAAAAAGCAUUACUGAAAAAGCCAAAGACUACAUGGAAUCAUGUCUCAAAAAGUCAGCUGACGCUCGAAAGUAUGCAAUUGCCCUCGGCGCCACUGACUACAGCGGCGCUCUUUCCACACAACUCAUGACCUUCAGCCAAAAGAUGGAGCAAGUGUACAAGAUUUUGCAAGACUUGACUUCCCGAAAGGUUGAAGAAGAAAAGGAGUAUGAAAAGCACUUCAACAUCAUCGAUGACAAGAUUGUGUGGUAUGAGAAAGCGGAGGCAGGGUAUCUCCAUUGA